AACAUUGACCAGGCACCGUAUUUUGGACCGUAUUUCGCGAACCGUGUGCGAUCGUUCGGCGGAAAAUAGCAGCAGAUCGGACACUUUACUUUGCGUGCCACACGACGUGCCAUGUUUCACCUUAAUCUGCCCCGUUCCCCCUUGCGCACGACGACGAUCGUCUGUUCGUUAGUGGUGCUGUUGAUGGUUCCAUUCUCGACGAAGGCGGCCGAAAUCGAUUGCGGCAGCUUACGGAUGGGCCAGUUCAUCUGUCCCGAUCCGUCCCUCCGACAGAUUGACCCGCGGACACAGCAACUGCGUGGUUGCACGAAGGAGAACAAGGCUCGCGUGUGGUGCAUCGCUGCGGACGGUAUCGUGUGCAGCGAAACGAAGAACACCAGCUUCACGAGGGAACUGCCGUGCAAAUGGACCAAUGGUUAUCACUUCGACACCUCGCUCCUGCUGUCGGUGUUUCUGGGCAUGUUCGGUGCCGAUCGGUUCUACCUCGGCUAUCCGGCUCUGGGGCUGCUAAAGUUCUGCACGCUCGGCUUCAUGUUCCUGGGCCAGCUGGUGGACGUGAUACUGAUCGCCACGCAGGUCGUCGGGCCAGCGGACGGUUCAGCGUACAUCAUCCCGUACUACGGGCCCGUCAUCAGCGUCGUGCGGAGCGACAACUGGACCUACCGACUGCCGCAGGACAACUGGUGAUUGCUGGCCAACAUUUUCCGGCUGCCGCACUGGCCACGGACGAUGGACUGAGCGCGAACCCUGGGUUGCCCCCGCUGGAGAAAGCCGGUUGAUGUUGAGCCGGGUGUGCAAAUGUGAUACGAACCAAUAGUAAUUUAAGUAGGAAGGUUUUUCAAAUUAAGGUUGAGUAAAAAAUAAAACAAACACAUUGGACCAUUGGAUGGCCAGACGGUGCCGCUAACAUAG